AUGGUUCGGAUUGAAUGCCCACAGAGUGCAGAAUCAAAGGACAUUGCAGGGGUCUCGGCCACCGACGCUGACAGUGGAAGUUUUGGCACUAUUACUUAUUCCAUUGGUUCUGGGAUUGGCAGUUUGGCUCCCACCCAAUUCAUUAUCGACCAACACACGGGAAGAAUCUGCACCACAAAAAACCUGGAUCGGGAUGAGGGGCCCAAGCAUUAUGAGUUCACAGUGACAGCAGUCGAUGGGGGUGGUCUGAAGUCCAUGGCCUAUGUGAAAGUUUUCUUGGAUGAUAUCAAUGACAACAGACCAGUGUUCUAUCCGGUUCAGUAUGCAGCCAGCCUCAGCACACAGAGUUUACCUGGAACCACAGUGCUUAGGGUCUCUGCAUUUGACAAGGAUGGUGGGAGGAAUGGCAAAGUGACGUAUCGGAUUCUCUCCGGGAAUCUGCUAUCUUUAUUCACACUCAACAGAGACACAGGAGUCCUUUCACUCGUUGCUCAUUUACAAGGCAAAGCAGACACGGUGCAGCGACUGGUCAUAUCUGCACAGGACGCAGGUGGUCUCAUGUCACUGGUCAAUGCCAUGGUGAAUAUCAGCAUCGUCUCAGGUACAAUUUCGCCACCGCUCUUCGAACAAGCCCAGUACUUUUUCACAAUCCCUGAAGAUGUCAGGAGAGGAUCACAUAUCGGCUCUGUCAGAGCUCUAAACUCCCCAGGUCAUUCUGAUGCUGUCUCCUACACCAUUUCCUCUGGAGACCCCAAUGGCUACUUUGCAAUUGGUGUUAGCUCAGGCAUGAUCCGAACAAGCAUCCCUCUGGACCAUGAAUCUCAUCCUGUCGUGAUUCUGGAUAUUCAGGCUUGCAGUGGUUCCCCUCCUGCCUACAGCAGUACAAAAGUCAAGAUCACAAUCUCUGACAUCAACGAUAACACACCAACAUUCCCCACCUCAUCUGAGUCCAUUCUCGUCCCAGAGAACACAGAAAUUGGCUCCGUCAUCUAUACAGUCAAUGCAGAGGAUCGAGAUAGUGGAGCCAAUGGCCAAGUGCAGUUUGACAUUGUUUCUAAUGCCGAAAGAACUUUCAGCAUUGACAGAACCACUGGAAAGCUCCGUGUGAUUGGACCUUUGAGCUAUGAGAUGGUGCCACGUUAUGACCUGAAAAUUGUGGCCAAAGACAGUGGUGCCCCACAACUCAGCUCCACCUUCACCUUACUGAUUCACGUUCAAGAUGAGAGCGAUAAUGCCCCAAUCUUCGACACUUUAACCUACAGGGUCGAGGUCAAGGAAGGCACACCCGUUAACACCCGGUUUCUUCAGGUUCGUGCACUGAGCCAGGAUAGAGACACCCACAUCACUUACCAUCUGCGUUCUGAUGGAGACUCAGCCAACUUUGGAAUUGUGCCUGAAAGUGGUUGGUUAUAUGUGAAAAGUGCCCUUGAUCGUGAAAACAAAGACCUUUUCAGUCUGACUGUUGUGGCUUCUAGUAGUGAGGGUGACCAGAGGAAAACAGGGACAACCAUGGUGAGAGUCUGUGUCACUGACGAGAACGACAAUGCACCGAAACUCAGUGAGAAUCGGUAUUUCUUCACAAUCCAGGAGAACAUACCACCCACAUCUCCAAUUGGACGAAUCCUGGCAACAGAUCGAGACCAUGGGAUAAACAGCAAGCUGACCUACAGACUGUUCCCAGCUCAUUCCAGCUUUCACAUCAACUCAUUGACUGGUGAGAUAAGCUCGAGGGUGACCUUUGAUCGAGAGGUCCAGGCCAGUCACCAGGUCACGGUGCUGGUUCAAGAUGGUGGCACUCCUCCACGCACUGUCACUGGCUCAGUCUAUGUCAUGGUGUUGGAUGAGAAUGAUAAUUCCCCGACCUUCACCAACAUACCAGUGGGAAAGGACCUUGUUGUUCAGGUUUUUGAAGGAAUCCUAUCAGGAACUCUUGUGGCAAGUUUCCAUGCAAAGGAUCCAGAUGAGGGGGAGAAUGGGACUGUGGUUUACUCUCUCUCGGAAUCCUGGGCACAGCAAUUCUCUCUCCAUCCCACCUCUGGUGAACUCAGGACAGCCACAAUGCUACACAGGCUGGAGAGACAUGAGUAUGAGUUGACAGUGUUGGCCAGUGAUCAUGGCCUCCCUCCACAGACAACAUCCCUCACUGUUCGUGUUCAGGUGAUGAGCUCCCCCAGCAGCUUGCCCCAAACUGGCAGUAGCACCAUCACAUUCAAAUCUAUUGAGGGAAUGGCCCCAGGCUCUGUGAUUGGUUCAGUAGCUCCCCAGGAUCGACUGACACGUGUGGAUGGACAGGUAACCUACACGGUGGUAGGGGGAACAGAUUUGGAUGGGCGAUUUGUGGUGGAGAGGUUGACAGGUGAAAUCUACCUCGCUCAGGAGCUGGAUUACGAAUCGGGCUCACGUUACCAACUGGAGAUUGCUAUUGACGAUCUGAGCACAGGCUUUCCUCACAGAACCAUUACCAUUGUAGAAAUUGAUAUUGAAGAUCGCAAUGAGUACGCACCACAGUUUGCUGGGGACCCCAUCACUGUUGUUGUCAGUGAGAAUGUGGAGCUCGCUGCCUCUGUUUAUACCUUUCAGGCAGCUGAUAAAGAUGGAAGUGGCCCCAACAGUGAGGUCCGGUACUCACUUCUCCAACAGACUCCCCCUGGAACCUUCCUCCACAUUGAUCCAGUCACAGGGAUACUGACAGCAGGAGCACCUAUUGACCGUGAGCUCACUCCAUUCUUCCUUCUUGUGGUGCAAGCUAUGGACCAGGCGGUUAACAGCUCCCAGCGCAAAUCCUCAGCAGUAACUGUUCGCGUCUUUGUGACUGAUGAGAAUGAUAACAGUCCCCAUUUCCUUUCCCCGUCUGUGCUCAAUGUGAUGGAGAAUCAGCCAAUUGGCACAAUUAUCUCUUACGUUGUUGCCCAGGAUGAUGACUUGGGAGAGAAUGGCCGACUUAGUUACCGUCUAAAAUCCAGCUUUGGAGGCAGCAAGUUCCGGCUCAAUCCAAACACAGGGGCCUUGUCCAUUGUGAAACAUCUAGAUUGUGAAGAACAGAGUUGGAUUAACCUGACAAUUGAGGCUUGUGAUCAUGGCACUUUCAGACGCUCUGCCACACAGCUCCUCCACAUUCAGCUGAUUGAUGUCAAUGAUGAGGUGCCAAUGUUUGAAGAGACAGCAUAUGAAGCUAGUGUCAUGGAGAAUCAAUCAACUGGCACUCAGGUUAUCCAGAUCCACGCCACUGACAGGGACCAAGGCACUAAUGGCCUCCUGAGGUAUGGUGGGGUGGUGGACAACAGUUUCUCCAUUGACCCAGUGACGGGUGUUAUAAGAACCAGUCGAGUAAUGGACAGAGAAGAACAGGAUCACUAUCAGGUCACAGUUUAUGUUAAAGAUAGUGGGACUCCUCCCAAUUUUGCAACGGUGACCGUUUCCAUCAGGAUUGAAGAUGAAAAUGACAACAGGCCAAUGUUUGAGAAGGAUGUAUAUGAGCUGCAAGUGCCAGAAAACCAGGAGCGUGUGUCACUCUUCACAGCUAAGGCCACAGAUAAAGACUCUGGUGAAAAUGGGCGCUUGGAAUAUGAGAUCAUUGAGGGUGAUCCCAAUGGACAUUUUUGGAUUGACCAAAAUACAGGGAUUUUGUCCACAAUGAGUGGACUGGACAGGGAAUCCAUUUCACUCUACACUUUGACCAUUCUGGCUCGAGACCAGGGAAUCCCACAACACAGCUGCACUGUCUCUGUCUCUGUUACUGUGCUUGAUAUCAAUGAUAACUCACCAACUUUUAUGGAGCCUUCCUACACCAUAGACAUCCCAGAGGACAGUGCAGUGGGCACAGUGAUUCAGACAGUAUCUGCUGCAGAUGGUGAUGAGGGAUCUAAUGGUGAUGUGUUGUAUUAUUUGAGCAGUGAAGCACAGGGUAUGUUUCACAUCGAUGAAAUGGGAAAGAUUAGCACAGUCAUGUCUCUGGACCGGGAGAAACAAUCGAGCUACACAUUCCUGGUGCGGGCUGUUGACUCUGCACCUUCCGACCCCAGGAGUUCCACCACCCGGGUAGAAGUGAAUGUGAAGGACGUGAAUGAUAAUUCUCCACAUUUCAUCACGGACCCGCUCAUCGUCAACAUCUCCAAACACUUACCAGUCAACCAGGUCGUGGCCACCAUGAAGGCAGAGGACAAAGACUUUGGCGCAAAUGCCUCCUUAUUCUAUCGCUUCUCGGAUGUGAUUUCAGGAUUCAGCAUCAAUUCCUUCACUGGAGAGAUUCGGCUGUUGACCCCAGUGUCCUCGAUGACACAGAGCGAGCGUACCUUGUUUGUGGUGGCGACAGAUCAGGGUUCACCAUCUCGCUCAUCCACAGGAGUUGUGAUCAUCUACCUGAAGGAGGAGCAAUAUCGCGGCAUUCGAUUCCGGCGCAGUAUCAGAGAGAUCCCAUUGGCUGAGAACUCCGCACCAGGUACUUCUGUUGUGAAGAUACAGGCCCAACAUCCUGAUGGUUCUCACAGAGGAAUCCUCUACAGCAUCUUCAGCGGGAAUGAGAAAGGCGCCUUCACCAUUCGCUCAAAUACAGGUGAUAUCUCAGUGAAGAGUUCAUCAGGACUGGACUAUGAACAAAGCCCCAAGUUACGCCUGGUGGUCAAAGCAGAAUCAUCUUCCUCCUUCGUUUUCACUGCUGUCACCCUCAGUCUCCAUGAUGUCAACGAUAAUUUGCCACAUUUUCAGCUACAAAAUUACGUGGCCUUUAUCUGGGAGGCCCAAGGCUAUAACACACCGAUCAUGCAGGUUUUAGCAAAUGAUUUGGACCAAGGACAAAAUGGCCAAGUGACGUACUCCAUCGCAGCUUCUCCCCAGAGUGACCUCUUCCGAAUCAACCCCUUGACAGGAGAUAUCAGCACAGCUGCCAUCAUGGACCGUGAGAUCUGGCCACAGACUCAGUUGCGUUUGACAGCAACAGACAGAGGGACUCCAAGGCUUGUGGGCACUUCCACACUGACUGUCAUCGUCCUGGACCUGAAUGACAAUAGCCCGACCAUCCCAUUUCCCCGUGUGGUGCGGGUACCAGAGAAUGCACUGAUUGGCUCAGAGAUCACCAAGGUAACAGGAAAUGAUGUGGAUUCCGGUCCUGUGUUGUCCUACAAGUUGGUGACAGGAAGUCAGAAGUUCAGCAUCAAUCCUUACCGUGGCAUCAUCUCUCUGUCAGACACACUGGACUUCGAAGAACGCAGCUGGUAUAUGCUCACGGUCCAAACAUCUGACUCGAAACAUGGAACUGAGGCGAAUCUAACUAUUGUAGUUGAGGAUGUUAAUGACAAUUCUCCAGUCUUUGUGCAGGACUUGUAUCAGGUAACAAUGUCAGAGUUUGUGAGUUCCGGCUGUAGCAUCGUUACUGUGACAGCGACUGACCGAGAUUCUGGAGAGAAUGGACAAAUUCUCUACAGGCUGAUGUCACCAUCAACUGGGGCAUUUUCUAUCGACCCUCACAAUGGGACCCUAUUUACUGUACGAGAAGUGGAUUUUGGGGUCUCCGAGCCAUUGGACCUGGUGAUUGAGGCGCGAGAUGGAGGGUCUCCCCCUCUUUCCUCUCUCACCACUGUCCAGAUCCAGGUCCUGGACAUCAAUGACCAUUCCCCAACCUUUACCCACAGAGUGUACAUGGCCCACAUUCUGGAGGAUGUCCGUCCCGGGAGUACAAUCCUCACCUUGGAGGCCGUGGACUCUGAUAUUUCCCGAGAUAAUAACGGCUUGGAUUACACCAUCGUCAAUGGCAACACGGCCAAUGUUUUCCAGGUGGAGACCAGCGUCCAAGUUGAAAACGGUCAGCUCAGGACAUUGGGGUCCGUUGUCCUCCUGGAUGUUUUGGAUUUUGAAACGGUCUCCGAGUACAAUUUAACCGUCGCAGCGUCAGACCGUGGCAUUCCUCAGCGCAGUGCUGUUGUUUCAGCCAUCAUAACCAUCCAGGAUGUGAAUGAUAAUCCCCCCAUUUUUAACCGUACACAGUACAAAGUGACAGUGAGUGAAAAUGUUGCUGUGGGAACUGAGAUAGUCCGGCUGGCAGCUCACGAUCCAGACUCUGGCCAGAACUCGGAGCUCAGAUACACCAUCACAUCCGGCGAUGAGAAUGGACAGUUUGCAGUCAGUGAAACAACAGGAAUAGUGAGAUUGGUGAAGCCCCUGGACCGGGAGGCACGGGAUCGACACACCUUCAUUAUCCAGGUGACCGACAGCCAGGGUCCUCAUUCCAACUUUGCCCUGGUCCCAUUGAUGGUAGAAGUUAAAGAUGUGAAUGACAAUUACCCCUUUUUCCCAAUGGAAAAGCUGAGUGCUAACAUUCGAGAAAACCUACCAGCUCAUUCACUUGUGACUAAAGUCCAUGCCAUUGACUUUGACUGUGGAAUAUUUGGCAAGCUACAAUACUCGAUAAUCAGCCAACCCAUCUCCCAGCAGAGCCUUGGAAAAGAGAAAGAGAUUUUUUACAUUAACCAAUCCACAGGAGCACUCCGCACAAAACUCUCCUUUGAUUUCGAGAAGAUAAACACCUUCCAAGUUGUGGUGAAAGCAGUGGAUUCUGGGAAUUCCUCAGCGACUGUCACUGUCCAGGUACUCGUCACCGGUGAGGACGAGUACGACCCUGUGUUUGUCAACCCAACAUACAACUUUGUUGUUCCAGAGAAUGCAAAGAAGGGCCAGAUCAUUGGGCAAGUAAUGGCUACAGAUGAGGAUGGAGGUCUGGAUGGGAUUGUUCUGUACUCGCUGUUGACACCAUCACAGUACUUUGAGGUGAACAAAACCACAGGUGACAUUAUUCUCAAGAUGGAUAGUCAGAGACACCAGAGCAAACGGUCAAAGAGGGAAACACGGACACUGACUCUGAACAUCCAAGCUAAGAGCCCAUUGGCUACUUCCAGGUCCACAAUCACCCAAGCAAGUGUCGACAUUACCCAGACCUCCUUUGGCCUAGCUCCUGAGGUGAACCUGCUGCUGAUUGUUGCCUUGGCAGCGUCUCUGGGUAUUGGAGGGAUUCUCGCCAUCAUUGGCUUAGCUCUGGUGAUUGUACGAGCCAGGCGGAGAAAGAAUCAAGAAGAAACCAGUUCACAACUCAACAACAUUCAGGACAACACCUUACAGAAAUUGGGAGCAGACGAUGCUACAUUGCCAGCCAGUGACCGCAUCUACCACCAAACAUUGCCAGGAUACUCAGCUGAGCCGACAGUCGUGGGAAGUCCAUACACCAGAGGGGACUCGAUAGAUCCCUCGCACUCUAGUGGCCGUGGAUCAGCAGAGGCAGAGGCAGUGGAAGACAAUGAAAUUCGGAUGAUAAAUGAGUAUCCACGUGUGAGCAGUAUUACUUCCUCCAUGCAGGAACAUGUGUCUACGCGUGGCCCAGAUUCUGGCAUCCAGCAAGAUGCUGAUCAGAUGUCAGACGUUUCCACUGAGCCCGGGAUGGAGUGGUUUAAACAUAAGAAAAGCAGUGGUCUCCUGAUGCCAGUCGGACAACAGCAGCUGUACCGAGAUGAUGGAGGUGGUUAUAUACGAACAGGAGUGGGACUGGGAGUUUGUCAAGCCAAAGACUAUGUCUUUGCUGAAGAUGGGUGCCCAUCAGCCCAAGGAUCCCUGACAGCCAUUGUUGCCAGCGAUGAGGAACUGAGAGGCAGCUACAACUGGGACUACCUGCUUAACUGGUGCCCACAGUUCCAGCCAUUGGCCAGCGUCUUCACUGAGAUCGCUCGACUCAAGGAUGAGAGUGCACCUCGCAAACACUUCCAAUCAAAACCCAAAGUGGACCCCAAACCUCGGAUUGAUCCCCCUCCACUCAUCACCUCUGUGGCCCAUCCCAAUGCCAUGUCUGUCCCUCCUCGACUGGCAGUGGGUCGCACCCACAGCCAUGUGACAGGAAUGCCUCGGUCCCCCAUCACCAGCGAUGCCUCAAUAACAUCGGCAGCCAUGUCUCCCAGCUUCUCCCCAUCACUCUCACCCCUGGCAGCUCGAUCACCUGCUGUAUCCCCUUUCGAUGUUUCCCAAGGACCUUCAACCUCAAUGAUUAGCACCGAGCACUCCUUAGACAAUGCAGAGGAACCAGAAUUACGAAUAUAAUUUCAACUUUGGUCAGCGCCCAUGAGCUUCACUCAGACUCACAAGGUGCAGAGACCGGGCCGUGAUCACAGUGCGAGCAGCCACCUGAACAUCGUGACGUUGUGCAAAGGAUUAGGAAGAGAUGGUGUCAGAGUCUAAGAAACAAAUCACCAAACAGUCCAGGUCAACAGAAUAAAAACAGCACUUCAUUCAUCAAUUUAACUAACUCACUACCAUUACCAGGAGAUUGGAGACAAACUGAUUCUGAGCCUCAGAGAGUUGAAGUGGGGGGUUGAAAAAUGCCAGACAGUUGGAGCAGGGGUUUCCUAAUUGAGGGAUAGGGCUUAAAUAGAUUAUUGAACCAGUGUAGAUCCUCUGUAUCUAUCCCCGUGCCAUGCCUGCCCUGGGAGUGUUUGAUGGGGACAGUGUAGAGGGAGCUUUACUCUGUAUCUAACCCCGUGCUGUACCUGUCCUGGGAGUGUUUGAUGGGGAUAUCACUGGUGUUAUUUAUCUUCACCUUUACACUGUGUCAGACUCUCUUAAACCCAGACCAGAAUAAAGACAAGGAGACAGGAACCCUGAGUGACCCACUCACUUUCACACUUUCACACACUUGCAAGUGGGCUCAGUGAAUGUUCGGGUUCAGGUUCUGGUCAGGGUUUAGUGAUGGUCAAGAUUCACAUUAGGCAUAAAUGAUGCUUAGGGUCAGAGGUCAAUGAAGGUUAGGUUUCGGGGAGCUCAGAAACAUGAUGUUAGUCUCGGUUUGGAAUUUCCUGUUAAGCAGGAAAAGGGAAAUGGAAUUUCCCUCUUUAAACUCUUGAACUUGUUUUCUAUGUUUAUUCCCUGCAGCCGGUUUUGCCUCUCUCACAGCGAGUACAAGUAUUCACAGCCCCUUGGCUCAUACCCCCACUCGUGCCUGCCCUAUACCUGCUCAACAGCUGAUAUCAGGGACUCUUACCCCUUCACUCCUGAACUCUGCCCUCACCUCUGAAAUGCUCCUUCACAAAUGUCCCGAGAAGCCUGUGGAUUUUGAAAACAAUUCUGUUAAAGGUUAUCUUCUGUUCACGGUGAAAUGAAUGAAUCUUCAGAAAUGAGUCACAUUUCCAACCGCAAGGCCAUGAUUUCUAACUGAAAAUGCUGACCAGUGGUCUGCAGUGGUCAGGCCUCCUUUUGGAUGUUUUAUAUGACAUUCAUUAACAGUGUUAUUGACAGUGUGACAGUGUUAUGGACAGUGUGACAGUGUUAGGUGAAGGUGUGUGACAGUGUUCUGUGACAGUGUGACAGGGAUAUGGAGAAUAUUCUGUGACAGUAUUAAGUGAUAGUGUGUGACAGUGUAAGAGUAUUAUGUGACAGUAUGACAGUGUUAUGUGACAAUUUGAGAGUGUUAUGUGCAGUGUUCAGCGACAGUAUGAGAGUGUUAUGUGAAAUGGUGACAGUGUUAUGUGAAAGUGUGAUAUGUCAAUGUGACAGUGUGAUAGAGUGACAGUAAUUCUGUGACAGAGGGACAGUGUUAUGUUACAAUAUGACAGUGUAACAUUGUUAUGUGUCAGCAUAAGUGUCAUGCAACAGUGUGACUGCGUUAUAUGAUAAUGUGACAGUAUUAUUUGACAGUGUUCUGUGACGGUGUAACAGUGGUGUGUGACGGUGUGACAGUGUUAUGUGACGGUAUGACAGUGUUA